AGACGCGCUUGAGUAGUGAAAUUGUUCCCGGGCCCACACUCGAUCCACUGCAACUAUAAGUACGCUUCGAACGUAACGCAUCAUCAAUUCAUCGUCAUCUCUUCAACUAAGCAAAGAUCCAACAAGCAGUUCAAUCUCCCAACAUGGGUUUGAAGGAGGAUUUUGAGCAACACGCUGAGAAAGUCAAGACUUUGCCAAGCAGUCCAUCAAAUGAAAACUUGCUUAUCCUCUAUGGAUUGUUCAAGCAAGCCACUGUUGGACCUGUCAACACUGCACGCCCUGGAAUAUUCAACAUGAAGGACCGAGCUAAAUGGGAUGCAUGGAAGGCCGUUGAAGGGAAAUCCAAGGAGGAAGCGAUGAGUGAUUACAUCACUAAGGUUAAACAACUGUUUGAAGAAGCUAGCAUUGCUGCUUGACAACAUUGUCAUGUCCUGCUUUCUGAUUCUGUGCUAGAAGUUCUCAACAGUGUGGAAAUAAAAAGUUGCAGUGUUUGAAGCUUUUAUCAUUAUAAUCUUAAUUACUCCUAAUGAUUUA